AUGUUGGGGCGUUUGAACGUGGCCAAACGACUUGCGCGUCAGAAUUCAGAGACUGACAAUGGCGAACGCUACCCCAACUACUUCGGUGAACUGCUCAAGGCGCCGGGCGCAAAAAGUGACACAAUUAUUUGGACGGCUCGCCAGAUGGGCCAAGAGGCACUCAUAUGUGCUGUCUUCCAGUGGUAAGUGCUGUAUCAUUUCAUCGUUGUCGGAUCACUAAAUGUACGAUGGUCUGGAAUUUGAUUUUGGUUAAGAUAACGUCUUGUGUUGGAUUGUUCCCAGGCUCCCGUCUUUCAGUCUCAACACUAUAGUAAAAUAGAGGUAGGAUGGAAACUGGUCCAGGAGACACUAGUAGUGUUUUCUUGAUUGCCUAGCCUGAACUUAUACUACGUGUCCCAGACACUAUGGACGCUCUCAUACACCAACAAUGUUUCUGCCUACUUGAUUAGCCACACGAUGCAGGCCAUAUACACCAGGUUGCAAGUUGCGACUGUGUUGAUUCCACAGAGUCGUUAGGACGACAUGCAUUUAUGCCAAUGUCCGAAUAUUCUCAGUCAUUUUUCACGUUAGUUGUAGCCUUCAAUAUUGCUUCUUGGCAACGCAUGUUAAAGUUGGCAAAUGUGAGGCAACCAGAAAUGCCUUAUGGCACGUCUACAUUACCAGCAAUCAGGCUAUUUAUUUCCCUCCUUCCAGGCUGCCCGCAAUCUGACUUCCCGGGGGCCGCAUUCGGCGGCCGUUUGACACAGCAGGCAGAGGCGCCUCAUCACACAGUAAGUACUCCGGAUGCUGAUGCUGAUGCUGAUGAUGAUGAUGAUGAUGAUGAUGAUGAUGAUGAUGAUGAUGAUGAUGAUGAUGAUGAUGAUGAUGAUGAUGAUGAUGAUGAUGAUGAUGAUGAUGAUGAUGAUGAUGAUGAUGAUGAUGAUGAUGAUGAUGAUGAUGAUGAUGGCGGCGGCCAGAGAGGGCAUUUUACAUUUCAUUGUCUGCUCUAUCCUGUCACUAAACGUAUUCCUUCUUGCAUCACCCAGGGUGUCCCACGCCUACUGGUGGAGAUGGUCGAGGCCCUGCGUAGACGUGGCCUAUGCAUUGAAGGCAUUUAUCGAGUGCCAGGACGCGCCUCCAGGGUUCAAGAAAUAAUUCAACUGGCAAAUUCCGUAAGUCACCUACCUCAUUAAUCCUAUGCAUGCAGUGAAACAUCAUGCAACACAGAAUAUUCAGCUGACUUACCCUUAGUUGUACACUAACAUGCAGAUUCGCAUAUGUUUGCCCUUUCAGAAUGCGAGGGAGCUGUGUGACCGACUGGUGUGGGAUGAGGAGGCGUUUGAUGGUCGCACAUUAUCGUCAGCCAUCAAGCGCUACGUGGGCGCACUACCUGUCAGUCUUCUUAAUGCCAACAUGUUUGUCUCCUUUGUGGCGUCGACGGCGAUGGGGACAGCGUCGGAGAGAGGUGGCCGGUCUCUGCGGACACCGGCAGGCCUGGCGAGCGCCUUAUGCCAGUUGCGAGAAGCCCUCAUGAAGGCAUUUGGCUGCCCUGGCAAUUCAAAGGCUGAGGACCGAGAGAGAGGGUGGCGAUUGGCCACGCUUGACUUUGUCAUGCGCCACCUACGGGAGGUUGUGGCCCUUCAGGCCAUCAACCGCAUGUCCCCACGUGCGCUGGCAUUAUGUCUCACACCCUCUCUCUUCGGCUCCACGGACGCUGCCGAGACCAACAGUCAGGUAUGCAUUACAUCACAGCUGCCCUCUUUUACGUCUCUCCAUGUAAUCCCCUCUUUCUUUACUGGUCAUUACCUCAUUCUUAUGCUAUUUCAUGUCUGCCACCAUCACCAUCAAUAGGUGCUGGAGCUGCUAAUUGAGCACUGGCCCUGGCUGUCACAGUGUCUGCACCGGGGCAGCCAGCCGGUGUCCGUAGAGGGUCUGGGCGAACCGGUAUCCGAUGCCUGUCUCUAUGCUUGCCGGUAAGUCUCCAACCGCCCAUCUCCUCCUUGCCAUUAUAUCGACUUCAUUUAUUCUGACAUUCAUGCUUACUAGGAGACUUGCUUACUUUCUUACUGUGCACUCAGUUACAGUCCAAUUCGUGCAGACAUUUUAGCCAUGCUAUACUUCUUGCGGUUUUUGUCGCUGGCUGCCAUGUUGUUGCCCUGAGGACUGAAAUACGGCCUCCAUGACAGCACAGAUAUUUUUCAUUCUAGUCCAAAGCAUAGGCUUCGCCAAUUAAUCUAGAGUGCUGUUCAAUCUAACGGGUACUCAACCAUGGCUCACUGAACACUCUCCCCUUUCUAGAUACCAGCGUCAUUGUUUUCUGCAGUCCCUGUGCCUACCACCGACCCUCCCACCGUCGCCGCCGCCGCCGCCGCCUUCAGUCACUGCCUUUUGUGCUGGCGCGUGUACAUAG